ACGACUUGUGAGCGUCGGUCGACGGUUGAUGAGGACGUGUUGCAUCUGAAGCAACAGUGUGUAUUAUUGUUUGCGACAGACGGCGCAUUUUUUAAAAUCAUGGUUUUCGGUACGCCGAAAUUUUUAUUUGGGACCGGUGUAUUGAUGUUUGCCUUAUUUUUUGUGGUAAAGUCGGAUGAAUCAUGUGAUAUAGAAAUAGAAAAUACUCUAAAGACGUUACUAAAACCACAAGAAUAUCCAUCGAUGCAGAACCUGGCGUUACGCAAAGACUUGUUGCGUAGACUUCAACAGGCACUCGAUCGAGUCGUCGAGGACGACGACAUGAAUUAUAAAAGGUCUAUAAGUUCGUUAGCACAAUGGGGUAAUUUACCCGGAAAGCGCAAUCUCGAAGCACUGGCUAGAGCUGGGUAUAUUCGUACAUUACCCAAUCCAGACGAAGAAGAUCCCAACAAUAAAAGAAGUCUGUCUACUUUAGCCAAAAACGACCAAUUACCAACGUUUCAAAAUAACGAAAGCAAACGAGGAAUUGAAUCGUUGGCACGAAACGGCGAAUUACAUAAUAGAAGAGACAUUCAAGAAUUGUUAGAUGAACUUUAUGACAAGAGGAAUAUCGGAAGUUUGGCACGUAAUUUUAAUUUUCCGUCUUACGGUAAACGAUAUUUGGGAAGUUUGGUGAGAAAUGGCGAAUCUCAAUAUAGCGGUAAAAGAAACAUCGCGUCGAUAGCUCGAGAUGGUGGAUUUGUGGGUAAAAGAAACGUUGCCGCACUUUUACGACAAGAUGAUUAUUUAAAUGAACAAAAUAACGACGAGAAAGACGAUCCGCAAGUUAAUAGCGAAAAAAGAAAUAUCGCCUCGAUUAAAGCUCAAUAUCCAGGCCAAUUUACGAGAGCUGUUAGAAGUAAAAGACAAACAACUUAUUACGAAGGGGAGAAUGGUGAAUUUUCCUUACCGGUAUAUCAAAAUCAGAACGUCGACGACUAUGAAGAGCUCAUGAAAGCCUUGGCGAUGGCUUAUCCUAAUAACGACAAGAGAUUUCUAGGCUCGGUGGCUAGAAGUGGCUGGUUUCGACCAAACUCACGCUACCGAUCGCCUGAAAAACGUCACAUAGGCGCUUUGGCACGUCUUGGUUGGUUGCCGACGCUAAGAAACGUCAGAAGAUUCAACCGGUCUGGUAGAUCCACGAGUUUGGAGGGUUGCAGGGAGACUACCCCAGAUGGGGAAGCCGAAGACGACUCCGUCGCCGAAAACUCGUUUUCAUUAGACGAUAAGAGAUUUUUAUUGCAACCUGCUGUCGAUCAAAUAUUGUUAAGGAAGAUAUUUAUGCACCCGAGGACACAUUCAGCGAUUAAUUCUGAUUUGUCUUAGUUUGAUUUUUUAAAUUGAAAGUUCAGUCGCGAUUUUCAUCACAUAUCCUGAUAAUUUUAGCAUAUCUCCGAUAUAUCAGAUUAAAUUUCGAAAUUAAUAUUUUUAAUAAGUCACUAUCAAGAAUGUCAUUUUAAGCAUAUUAUAGAAAUUUAGAAUAGUGAAGGCCAAAUGAUAAUUUUUAGUAUUGAAUGUUGCAUAAAAUUUCAUUCGGGGCUGGACUAAGACAAUAUUUGCUGUGUAUGACAAUAGAAUCCUCCUUAAAAAUAUGUAAUGACAAUAAAUGUAAUUGUAGACAAUAUAACAGCCGGAUUUUACAACGGCUUCUGUCUUAUCUAGUGUUAAAAAUAAAUGUGAAAUAAAAUUUACUGAC